GUGCAAUGCAUUGGCGCGAUCUGAAGAUGGUCAUUGUAGAAGCUGUUGUCAACGCAUGAAUGUGUUGAUACUUGAUAGGAAAGAAGCAACAUUAAUGACAUUCCUAAACAUUACCUGCUAAAUAAUGAUUGGUUAUUAUGACUGCACCAUGUAUCUAUUCAUAUAAACCAUAUUGAACUUCAACGGAUCCCCACAAGUUAAACGUGUGUUGGGACUCCUACAUAGCAGGUCAUCUGUUCAGUGGGAACAUCGGGUCUGGAGUAGAGAAAAAAACAUUCAAUCAUUAGCUAGAGGGCAGAUGCUUCAUCCCAGUAACCACCACUUCCUGGGCUUCAUUCCCAGCAGCACACUAACAUCUCAGAUGGAGAUCAACAUUAACCAACAUGGGAUCAGGGUUUAAACUACGCUGUGGUAGUUGCUUUGUAUGCCAAUCGAGACAGCAGCACUUUCUUAAAUUAAUCAUUCAUGAUGUCUUGUUACUGUAUUAAAAUAUUGUACAACGUUUGCUAUGCACGUGAAUGGUUGAUGGGGGGGUCUAUAAUGAAAGAGCUAUAAGGAUCCCAGCUUGGUGAUGAAGUACCAGGCCGAGCUGAGAACAGGCUGCACUCAGCUUUGCUCGCUGCGUGAUGCACGCGCUGAAGCCAAGCGAGGAUCGCCUCUACAACGCAUGACAGCAGAUGGAUGACGUCAAGGAAAUCCCCCUGUCCCUCUCCUAACUCUCGCUCUCUUUCGCUCUUCCACCCCCCCAGCCGAUAUUUAUAAAUCCCACCAGGAUGCACACAUUAGAGCCUAAACGGACUGGACAGGUGACAGGACAUCCACGGCGUAGUUUGUCAACUUCAUUACUGAGUCCUGUCUUAAAACCAGCUUUAAUGAUUUGUUAUUGGUAGAAACCUAACCUAACCGUAUCAAUACUUUUUUUUUCAUAAUAAUAUCGUUCUAUUUCAUCAGGAGGAACAAUAUUUUUUUGCGCAAAGGUUGAUCCAAUUGAAGCUAAAUCGGCACCGGGCAUUGUAUUUCUUUUAGGGUGUUGAGGACAGAAAUUGAAAGAAAUCGAUCCAAAAUGUUCUCGAGUAUGCGUCGACACAGCCUCCGGCUGCAGCACGAGCUCCACCGGUGGAGCAUCUGCGACCCGGGGAACCUCAUCGUCCCGGACCGCCUGGUCGGCCGCUCCAAGUCCUGCAUCAGCUACACCGGGGAGUUCCACGGGAGUCAGGAAAGCUGGUCUUCCUCUGACUCGGUCAUCUCCACUGAUUCAACCGGCGAGACGCUAGGACCCGGGAAGCCUCUCCGUGUGCUCCUGUUGGGGGGCAGCGACGUCGGUAAGACGGCUUUCGCCAGCAUCUUCGCCGGUGCGGCGGACAGCAUGGAGAGUGAUGACUGCCAGAUUUAUGGAGAUGAAGUGUGUGAACGAACUAUCGAAGUGGACGGAGAGGAAGCGACCAUAACUCUACUGGACAACUGGACUACAGAGGAGGACGGAAGGUGCGUGGCCGAGGACCAGUGCAUGCAGACGGGCGAUGCCUACCUGUUGCUGUACUCCAUCACGGACCGCGCCUCCUUCCUGCGGGCCUCCGAGCUGCGCAUCACCCUGCGCUGCCACCGGCCCGCCCGCCACACGCCCAUCAUCCUGGUGGGGAACAAGUGUGACCUGGUGCGCUGCCGCGAAGUGUCCGUCAGCGAGGGCCUGGCCUGCGCCGCCGUGUUCGACUGCAAGUUCAUUGAGACGUCGGCCGCUAUGCAGCACAACGUGUGGGAGGCCUUCCGCGGGAUUGUGCGCCAGCUGCGUCUGCGGCGGGACAGCAAAGAAGCCAACGAGCGCCGCCGCAACUCCAGCUACCAGCGGCGAGAGAGCCUGCCCGUCAAGGCCAAGCGCUUCCUGGACAAGAUGGUGGCCAAGAACAACGCCAAUGUGGCGUUCCGACUGAAGUCCAAGUCCUGCCACGACCUCUCUGUGUUCUGAGUUAUGGCGGAGGUCUACGUGUUCACGCUGAGGUCUGCGGCCCCCGGGCCAGGAAAUCAAAGAGAGGAAGAGGAGGGUCUUCAGGAGGGGUGUAGAUGCUGGACCUAUCCUGGUAUGGUAUCUCCUUUCUCUUGGCUAGAACCCGCCUUGAAACGCUCAUUAUAGUCCAUAUACCAACGCGGAGCAGGGUCCCGUCCCGUAGCACAGUCUGAAUCAGAGAGGUUUGUAGAAGUUGAAGAACAGAUUGGCCAGACUCUGUGAUGGACUGGGGGAGAUGCCCAUAAACAACGUCCUCUCUGUGAUGGACAGGAGGGGCAGCCAAUGGACAACGUCCUGUCUGUGAUGGACAGGAGGGGCAGCCAAUGGACAACGUCCUGUCUGUGAUGGAUAGGAGGGGCAGCCAAUGGACAACGUCCUCUCUGUGAUGCACAGGAGUGGCAGUUAAUGGACAAUGUCCUCUCUGUGAUGGACAGGAUUGGCAGCCAAUGGACAACGGCCUCUCUGUGAUGGACAGGAGUUGCAGCCAAUGGACAACGUCCUCUCUGUGAUGGACAGGAGUGGCAGCCAAUGGACAACGUCCUCUCUGGGAUGGACUGAAAAGGCAGCCAAUGGAAAAUGUCCUCUGUUUGCAUUGACUUGUGUCUGUGUGGCCGACUCUGCUGGUUCUCUUGAAGUUUCCACCGUCACUUUGAGUCAUUUAUUAUUUCUGUCCUUAUUGCACAUUUUUACUACUUGCCAUGUUUGUAUAUUUUGUGCCAGGCUUCAAAACAUGAAAGUUUAGCAUAUUUUUAUUGUUUUUGUACAAUAAUUGUUGUACACAUACAGUAAUAUUGCCAACAUUUCCCAUGCAUGUUGUUGGUUUACUUUGGUACUCGGACAACACUGUAACUUAUCAACAUUGAUUGAAACGGGUCAUUUUUGUUUACACGUUCUUUCUGACCAAAAAACUGUCACUGAGGAAUAAAGAUACUCUUAAUCAA